UCCCUUCCGGUUAAUAUUUCCACAGCAACGGAAGCCGCGAGAAACGCUUCGGCUCCUGCCUCUGCCUCUGCCUCCUAUCAACAAGCUCGUAAGUUCCGUGUUUUAGCUUUCUGCUCAACCACAACCACCACCGCCGCCACCUCCACCCUGCCUGCCUUCACUUCGCAGAUCCCGUUUCGUCAGAGAAACGACGGAAACGCUCCUGGUGAUCUUCUACUGCCCAAUUCGAACAGAGAGACGUCCACGCGGCUUUACUCCACAUCCAUCAAUCAAAUCAAUCAAUCAACACGCAACCACCGUCAACUCGCUCUCCCAACGUCGUCGCAGUCGACUCUGCCGCCAUUGAUUCAUCCAAUUGAGCUACGCUGACAUUGGAAAAGUUACUGAACAGCAUAAUAUCUAUCAAGAUGUUCACCCAAAAGCUCCUGCUUCCUGCGUUCGCGGUCAUCACCGCUGUCGCUGCACAAUCGAUCUGCUCCCAGACGGCCACGGCCACCAUCAACUCACAAGCCGAUGCAGCAGCGUACACAAGCUGCUCGUCCGUUGCCGGCAGCAUCCUCAUCGGCUCUGGAGCUACUGGUGAUAUCACGCUCGAUGGACCUUCCACAAUCGGCGGUGAUUUGACCGUGAACAAUGCUACUGGUGUCACCUCCUUCAGCAGUUCUACAAUUGGUCAGAUCAAGGGUACUUUCCACAUGGAGGACUUGACCCUUCUGUCGUCUCUGAAGAUGAGCAUGUUGACUGCAGUCAAGGCGAUCAGUUUUGUCUCUCUCCCCAAUCUCGGCUCCCUCACAUUCCCGGCGACUGUCACGUCCGCAACAAGCAUUACAGUCAGCAACACGUUCUUGAGCACCCUCGCUGGCCUCAACGUGACCUCCGUCACAGUUCUACAGGUUGACAACAAUCCUCAUUUGACAGAGUUCACAUCAAAUAUCGGGAACAUCUCUUCUGCUGCCGUUUUCAAUGCCAACGGCGCAGAUCUGGCAAUUUCUUUCCCUCUCUUGACGUGGGCAGCCAACAUGACCUUCCGAGACGUGGGCUCUGUCAGCCUCCCCUCAUUGCAAGUGAUCAAUGGCUCUCUCGGCUUCUACGAGUCCAGCGUUGAGAGCAUCUCUGCCUCCAACCUGACCUCUGUUGGUAACUUCGCUACGGGAGUUGGAAGCUUGGCAUUCGUGGCCAAUACUGCCUUGACUAACAUCAGCAUGAAUGCGCUCAAGAGCGUUGGUGGUGCAGACCAGGUUGCCAACAACACUCUUCUGAACGCCAUUUCGUUCCCAGCCUUGGUCGAUGUUGGUGGUGCAAUUGACUUCAGUGGUAACUUCACUACACCAAACCUGCCGGCUCUUGGCAACGUGAAGGGAGGUUUCAACGUCGAGAGCAAGCAGUCAAUUGACUGCACUAAGUUUAAGGCCGAAGCCUCCGCAUCUGGUGUAAUCCAAGGAAAGUUUUUCUGCCAGGGUAACUUGGACAGCGUUUCGUCACUUGGCACAGGAACCACCACUGGAACGAGCGCAUCCUCAACCUCCAGCAAGGGCGCAGCUGCUUCCUUCGGCGUCAACGAGGCUGCAGCAGGUCUUUCGGUCAUCGGUGGUCUUUUGCAGAUGUUGUUGUAAAGCAUUGGGACGUCGGCGUUUUUACUUCUGUUUCCGCUACCUUAGACCUAAUCUGCGACGUUCUCAUUGCUUCCUUUCCUUUUCUACAUCGACCGUCUACAAAACGAGGGCUGCCACCAUUGAGCGGGCCUUCACACUUUCCUUAGGAUCAUGCGUGUGAGUGGGGGUAGGAGGGAAGUUGAGUGCUUGCUUUACUGCAUAAUUUCCAUCUCGACAUGAAGGCUUUGCCUUGUGCUUGAUUUGGGGAUAGCAAUAAUAUUGUAUGCUGAUGAGUGGAGGCAUGAAGGGGAGGGGAAUUUGUUCCUGAAAAUUGGAGUGUAUGAGAGACACCUUAGGGCAGGCAAAUUCCAUAAACUGUACAUUGAUAGGAACUCUUUCUGUUCAGUAAACCCACGUGUGUGAUCUUGCGUUGCGUGCUUUCUGCAAAUGGAAUGCCAAGAACAGAGUGCACCGAACCAAAAACCCAAAACGAAUGACCAC